AUGUCGAUGUACAACCCGCAUCGGGGCAUGGGCCCAGCCGCGAGCAACGCCCGGCUCAAUGAGUUGCUGGAUGGCAUUCGCGCCGAGUUCGAAAGCCAUGCUCGAGCUAGUGGGGAGGCCGAACACUCCAUUACACAGCAAAUCAACGAGAUGGCCAUGGUUCGCGAGAAGGUGUAUGCGAUGGAACAGACACAUCUGGCUUUGAAGCAGAAGUACGAAGACGAGAUUCGAAGCCUUCAUCGCGAGCUGGAAGCUCGAGGAGCAAAUCCUCGUCCAUCAGGCAUUGGUCCCCCACCACCUCCACCGCAAAAUGCUGGUCCCUCCCAAGCACCACCAUCGCUCGGCCAUGGCCCUAGCAAUCUAUUCGGUGGCAUAAUGGCAGGUCAAGGAGGCCAAGGAGGUCCAGGUCUUGCCCCGCCACCGCAAUCAGAUCAGCAUCCCCCUAUCCAGCACCAGAUGCCGCAGCCCCCGCCUCCGCCUGCUCCCCCGGGACCUCCCCAACAACAACAGCAGCAGCAGCAACAGCAGCAACCACCACCUCCUCCUUUCCCAAGUGUUGGGUAUCCACAGGGACCGGCGCCUAAUGGUUAUGGCGCGCAGCCUCCUCAAUCUACAUCAUCUCCCGGCCCAGGCAAAGGUCGCGUGCUCACUCGUGGACCUGGCGGCCCGGCGACGCCUCAGUUGAAUCAGCCAAUGCCAUAUCCGGGAGACCCAAGAUCUGCAGUCUCGCCGCAAGUCGGCCACCCAGGCCCUCCUCCACAUCCUCAGUUCAGAGUGGGCAAUGCUCUUGCCGAACUAGACCUGGAGCGCUUGCCCGCCCACCAGAAGAAGGUUGAUGCGGAUUGGUUUGCGAUCUUCAACCCCGAAGUUCCGCGGGUUCUUGAUGUUGACCUCGUUCACACCCUUCAGCAUGAGAGUGUCGUCUGCUGCGUUCGAUUCAGCCACGACGGAAAGCAUGUUGCAACCGGCUGCAAUAGAUCCGCCCAAAUUUUCGAUGUUAUAACAGGACAGAAGGUUUGCGUACUGCAGGACGAGAGUGUUGACUCGGUUGGCGAUCUCUAUAUCAGAAGCGUCUGCUUCAGCCCGGAUGGAAGAUAUCUUGCAACUGGUGCCGAGGACAAAUUGAUCCGAGUUUGGGAUAUUGCUUCCAGAACCAUCCGCAACACAUUUGCUGGCCACGAACAAGAUAUCUACUCAUUAGACUUUGCUCGUGAUGGACGUACCAUUGCCUCCGGCAGUGGCGAUCGUACUGUGCGCCUGUGGGAUAUUAACGAAGGCCAAAAUAUCCUCACCCUUAGCAUUGAAGACGGCGUUACUACUGUUGCCAUCUCUCCUGAUUGCAAGCUUGUUGCCGCUGGUUCUUUGGAUAAGAGUGUCCGUGUUUGGGACGCCGUCUCGGGCUACUUGGUUGAGCGACUUGAGGGUCCCGAUGGCCACAAGGAUUCCGUGUACUCGGUCGCAUUCGCGCCAAACGGAAAGGAUCUUGUAUCUGGAAGUUUGGACAAGACUAUCAAGAUGUGGGAGCUUGCUGCUCCACGGGGUGGGCAUCCCAGCAAUGCACCAAAGGGUGGACGUUGCAUCAGGACCUUCGAGGGUCACAAGGACUUCGUUCUGUCCGUUGCUCUGACGCCCGACGGAAACUGGGUUCUUUCCGGAUCCAAGGACCGCGGCGUGCAAUUCUGGGACCCCAGAACUGGUAACACUCAACUCAUGUUGCAAGGCCACAAGAACAGUGUCAUCUCGGUGGCACCAAGUCCAAGCGGCGGAUCAUUCGCCACUGGCAGCGGAGACAUGAGGGCAAGAAUCUGGAGUUAUAAGCCAUACAUCCCCUAA